AUGGCGGGCGGGAGGCAGCGCGGGGGCAGCGGGCGGCGUGGGGGACCUCAGCAGCGCCCAGUGAGUCGUGAAACAGCCCCUGUGCCCUCACCCCUCUCUCCUGCAGCCGCCACAGCCCAGCGAAAUGCAGGCGCUGUCCCCAAAACCAGCCACCCAAAGAAGACCGUGGAAGAGCCAGCAGCAAGGGCACCCGAUGUGGAUUCACUGGGCUUCCAGGCCAUGGACUCCAACGUGCCAGGGCUGUCCCAUGUCAUCCUCCAGAAGCUCAACAUGAAGACCUACGAGGACUACAAGUCUGCCAUGGAUGGGAGGAAGAGUGGCAGCGAUUUUGGCAUCCGGACUUACUUUGACAUGUUUCAGAAGAUGGAGGACACCUUCAAGUUUUGCGCUGAGUGCAAGAAGCUCCCCGAUGCCCUCCCUGACCCCAAAAGCCUCCGACGAUGCAAGAGGUGCCAGAACGUGUACUAUUGCAGCGUGGCGUGCCAGCGUGCCAACUGGCCACUACACAAGAAGUUCUGCAAGAAGCUGAAGCUGGUAGCCCUGGAUCGGCUGGUGGAGUGGCUCGUCUUCACAGGAGACAUCCCCUUCCCCACGGAGACCUGGACAAAGCCUGCCCAGGAUGUGAAGACCUGGGAGGACUGGUUUGCCAUGCAGGGACAGCUGGAGGAGAAGCUGGGUGCCAUCCUGGCUGGGCGGUACAUGACCCUUCUCUGGGCCAACGCUGGGAAGCCCCGGCCAGAGGACGGGGAGCUGCGUGAAUCCAUCCGGCGGCUGGUCACUGACUUCCACUCACGGCCACUCACCAUCGGCUUGGGGCUGCGGCUUUUUGGCAUCAACCCCCUCGCCAAGACCCUCACCGUGCACGUGGUGGGGGCAUCCCAUGUCGAGACCCUCAACACCCGCCUGACGGACUACGAUGAGCUGACACGGAUGUUCCCGGGGCACCGGGGCAUGGAGCUUGUGAUGGUGGGGGUGGACGUGGUCAACGGACCCAUCAUGAGGCCACCCCUGGCCACACUGGCACCCCAGGGAAGGGUCCAUCUCAGCAGCUACAAGGGGCUCUACCAUGACUUCUGGGAAAGCCACGUGGAGACCAAGCUGGCCACCCGCCCUGACCUGGUUGUGGGCUUUCACCCGGGUUUCCAUGCCUGCCCGGACCUGCUGGCAGGCUGGCUGCCCACCCUGCUGCUGCUGCGGGACUAUCGCCUGCCUGUCCUCUUCACCGUCUACAGCGAGCAGGAGCUGAAGUCCUCCCUGCAGAUCCUGGUGGAGCUCGAGAUGCACAUCAUGGGCUAUGCCACCAAUCCCUUCGCCUCACUCCGGCCCGAGCAGGUCUACUCAAGCCCCAACAAAGCACCUGUCUACUGCAGCUCCUACUACAUCGCCCUGCUGGGGCUGGCGGCAUCGGCUGUGCCGGGUGCCGAGGAGCUGGAGGAGGAUGAUGGCUGGCAGGGAGGGGAGCCCAGUGCUGCCGGCGUGGCUGGGGGCAACACCCCGGGACUGGGCUGACCCUGUGCAGACUUGCCCUGCCCUGUGGACCCCCACCCCUCACUGCCCCAUCCCAGACCCCAUCUCCCUGUCUCAGGAUGGGUGAUGCAGCCAUCCCUUGUCACACACAUCCC